AUGGCACACUCAGACUGCAGCGCCUUCGGCAGGAGUCCGUCGGCUAUGUUCCCGACGAAGAGCUCUGCUACCGAAUCGACCUGCAUGGAUAAGAGCCCUUUAUCUCUCAGCAUGUCCGCCUCCUUCUCCCACAGUGAAGGCCCUACGCCCGUCACAGACAAGCAAUCACGAAUGCCCAGCGAGGAGACAGCGUCCUCCCCGCGAUUCUCGGUGUCGAAGUUGCCAGAGCCAGUGGCUCGCGGCCGGCGGCUUCGAGAGCCCGUGACCCUCCAGAGCAGGCUCUCAGGCAUGGCGGCAGCCCGUGAUGGGACCCAUGCCUGCCCCGACACUCCAAGCAGCCUUUCGGAGGAAGCUGCAGGUGGCAACCCGGAUUCCUAUGGGCAGCUGGCACAAGGGUUGAUCUCCGAACCUGCGCCAGCUGGGCAGAUACCGCGGCCUUCGCUCUCCCUCAUUGAGUCCGACCUCGAGAAGCUUUACGCUGCGGCACGGGCACCCCAUGCCUGGAACUAUCCCUACCCUGGUCAGAAGAGGAUGCGCGACUUGCGCAAUCUGGCCUGCCAAGAUGAUGACAGAGAAGCAGCGUGCAUCUCUGCCAUGGAGCACUGCCCCUACUGCCGGCACUUGCCGGAGAUUCCUGCAGAGGCCCCAGCAGCGAGGGCCGGCCUGCAACAUCCUGCAGCCUACAACGAGGACUCGCGCAGCUUUUCAUUCUCGGACGCUGGACAGGACCUGUCGUUGCGCACUUCCUGGCGGUCUUUGUCUUCUUUGCAGCCGGAGCAAGGAUCUUUGCCCUGCAUGGUGCAGACGUCAACGGCGUCGCAUCGCAGGCAACAGAGCACGCGCAAUGUGGAGCAGCUGCCACAACCCCCGCGAAGUGCGCGACGGAGUUCUGAAGUACAAGCUCGAGCAUCGUUGGGAUCUCGAGCAAGUUCUCAACGAUCAAUCAGAACAGCGUCGAGCAGGCAAAGUCGCCAAUAUGCUCCUGAACGGCUUCGGGGAGAUCGGGAGCCGCCGCAGCAGAGCCUGGAGUACCAGCAAUCCAGAGCCAGCAGCUGCCAGGCACGAGCCGAGCCGCAUGCUGCACCCCCCCAUCGUUCCGUGGACAGGCGGCGCGCCGAGUCGAUCCCCGAGGUCACAAAGAUUGUGGAAAAGGCGCCUCGUGCAGCCGCCCGGGCCGACCGCCCUUCCCAAGCAUCGCUGGAUCCCAAAGAGGCAUCACGCGAUAUACACGGCCGACUGCCGCCACCGCCAGAACGAUGGCUGGAGGCACAGUCAUUCGCGGAGCCCGGACGCCAGCUUCGGCGCUUGGCGCGGCAGAGGAGGGCGCUUGCCGGCGAGCUCCGUGCCCGCCUGCACCACAUGGAGCAGCACUGUGGCCUUCUCUCUGAGGACUACCGGCGGCUGGCCGGAUUAGACACGGAGCUCCAUCGUGCCGUGGCAACGCUGCAGAAAGCUUUCGCGACAGAGCACGAGGCCCUGGCGCUCAGUGUAAGUUCUCGUGAUAGCCAGCUAGCCAUCGGUUGA